CGUGGCCUCCGAGUUACUCUUGUAAAAUCAAUAAUUGCCGGUAGUCAGUGUCGAAAGUUGGUGGUGUAUUCGUAUUUUUAUUCUUUUUGUGCAGCAAAUAAAAAAUAUGCAUAAAGCAUUAUUGGUUUUGUGCCUAGCUGGUUUGGCAUAUUUGUCCAAUGCAGCGGAAAGCGAUGUACUGGAACUGACCGAUGAUAACUUCUUAUCCGUCUUGAGUGAGCAUUCCACUACAUUAGUCAUGUUUUAUGCCCCCUGGUGUGGCCAUUGUAAACGACUAAAACCCGAAUACGCCAAAGCUGCCGAAAUUGUAAAAGAUGAUGAUCCUCCUAUUACAUUGGCCAAGGUUGAUUGUACUGAAGCUGGAAAAGAAACAUGUAAUAAAUUCUCCGUCAGUGGAUAUCCUACAUUAAAGAUUUUCAAGGGCGAAGAGGUUUCACAAGACUACAAUGGACCCCGUGAAGCUGCUGGUAUAGCUAAGUACAUGCGUGCCCAAGUUGGCCCAGCUUCAAAAGAAAUAAAAUCGGUUGAGGAGUUGGAUAAGUUCUUUACGGCAAAGGAAACAACCAUCUUUGGAUACUUCAAAGACGUCAACUCCAAACUGGCCAAAACAUUCUUGAAAUUCGCCGACAAAAAUCGUGAAAAGUACCGCUUUGGUCACAGUAGUAACGAAGAGGUUUUGGAAAAGGCAACUGAAAGCGAUGCCAUCGUCCUUGUCCGUGCUCCACACUUGGCGAAUAAAUUUGAAGAAUCCACCGUAAAGUUCGAUGGAUCGUCCGAAUCUGAUCUAACCGCUUUCGUGAAAGAAAACUACCACGGAUUAGUGGGUCACCGUACUCAAGACACUGUGCGCGAUUUCAAAAACCCUCUGAUCACUGCUUAUUACGGUGUUGACUAUGUCAAGAAUCCAAAAGGUACAAAUUACUGGCGCAAUCGCGUACUUAAGGUAGCUAAGGAAUUUGCAGGCAAGUUGACCUUUGCUAUUUCUGCCAAAGAUGACUUCCAACACGAGCUCAAUGAGUAUGGCUAUGAUUUUGUUGGGGAUAAACCAGUUAUUUUGGCCCGUGAUGCUAAGAACUUAAAAUAUGCACUGAAAGAGGAGUUUUCUGUCGAAAACUUGCGCGACUUUGCAGAAAAAUUGUUGGAAGGCGAAUUGGAACCUUACAUUAAAUCUGAACCAAUCCCCGAAGAUAACAGCGCCCCUGUUAAAGUUGCCGUUGCGAAAAACUUCGAUGAAGUUGUUAUGAACAAUGACAAAGACACUCUCAUCGAAUUCUAUGCUCCAUGGUGUGGCCAUUGCAAGAAAUUGGCCCCUGUUUACGAUGAGUUGGCCGAAAAGUUACAAGACGAAGACGUAGUCAUUGCGAAAAUGGAUGCCACGGCUAACGAUGUGCCUCCAGAAUUCAAUGUACGCGGCUUCCCUACACUAUUCUGGUUGCCCAAAGACUCCAAGAAUAAGCCAGUUUCCUACAAUGAAGGUCGUGAAGUCGACGACUUCUUGAAAUUUAUUUCGAAACACGCUACCAAGGAACUGAAGGGUUUCGAUCGUAGCGGAAAACCCAAGAAGACAGAAUUGUAAAUUGUAACAAAAGUAUAAUGUAAUAUUAAUAAUGCCAGAAGGCAAAAACUUCAUUCACAUUUCCAUUUUUCAUAUUUGUUCUCAAAAUAUCCCAGAGCAUUUUCGACAUCGCAUACAAUUCCUUUAGGAGUAUAUGCUAGCAUUUAAUGUUAAAAUCGUGAAUCUUCUUUUUUAAUUGAAUUUAAACAAUAAAAUUACAUCUAAGAAA